CACCUUCUCUCUUUUGAGUUCUUCACCUCCUCUCUUCUUCCCCUCUAUCACAACCAUACACAGAGAGGAAGGAAGAAAAAAAGCAAAAGACAGAGAUAGGAAACAAAAGAAGAAGAGAAAAAAAGGUCAUGAUCUUGCUCUGGUAAUGAUCAUGAUCUUCUCUCUCACCACCAUCGCCCUCUGAGAGAAAAACCCAGAAGGGCAAACAAAUUUUAGAAAGCAAGAAACCAUGGAAACCAAGAUCCCCAAUGUUGCAACAACGAAGAGAACAUUCAGAGCCUACGUUGAACAGGAACUGGGCAAGUUCCCACACUUCAUAAUCUACGCAGUGUUAGAAUGGUUCUUAAUCCUGGUCCUCUUCGCCGACGGGUUCCUGUCCUUCUUCGCCAACGAAUACGCCGAAUUCUUCGACCUCCGGCUGCCAUGCCUGUUCUGCACCAGAAUCGACCACGUCCUCCGCCGCAGAUCUCACAGCUUCUACUACAACGACUCCAUCUGCGAUUCCCACCGGAAAAAGGUCUCCAGCCUUGCCUACUGCCACGUCCACAAGAAGCUCUCCGACAUCAGGAGAAUGUGCGAAGGCUGCCUCCUCUCCUUCGCGACGGGGAAAGAAUCCGGCUCCGACACCUACAAAUCCCUCGUCGGCAUCCUCCACAAGGACAUCGAGCUCUUCUUCGACGACGACGGCGAGGUUCAGCUCCCGAAACAACCGAACGACAUCGUCGUGGCGGCGGCCCAGGCCCAUCAUCCCGUUCAUCGAUGCGCCUGUUGUGGAGGCCCAUUGAAAGGCGGGGGGAAACCAAAGGGGAAAACCCCCGGAUUCUCACAAGCUCCAACGCCGUCUCCGCGAGCGCCGCCGGCUCUCCGCCAUCUCGAGCUACCGCCGAUGAGAUUCGACUCGGAGAACAAUAAUAAUAAUAAUACGGUGGACGAGAUAAGCGAGGAGCUGAGGACGCCUAGCUUCAUACGUGGGAACAAAUUCUUCGGCAUCCCGUUGUCCGAUUCAGCAACCGCGACUCCCCGGUGGGCGAUUCGGUGUCCCCCGAAGAAAUCGGCGCUCGAAAGGUUUUCGAGCGCCGAAUUCUCGGCCGAAGAAGGCGGAGGCUGCGGCACCGGCGGAGAUCAGAGCGCCCCGCCGGAGCCUGACGGAGGGGACUCGAGGCAGGUCCGGCUGGACCGGAAGUCGCUGAUGGAGCUGUACAUGGAGCUGGACGAGGAGCGGAACGCGUCGGCGGUGGCGGCGAACAACGCCAUGGCGAUGAUCACCCGGCUGCAGGCGGAGAAGGCGGCGGUGCAGAUGGAGGCGCUGCAGUACCAGCGGAUGAUGGAGGAGCAGGCGGAGUACGACGAGGAGGCGAUCCAGCUGCUGAGGGACGACCUGAAGAAGAAGGAUCGGCAUGUGAAGUACCUGGAGAACGAGAUCGAGGCGUACAGGAUUCGGUAUGGGGAUAUAGCGGAAGAUGGGUUUGUGAUGGAUGAGGUUGAUGAUGAUGGGGAGUAUCAGAUGGAGGCGUCGGAAUCUGGUAGCCCGAGCUACAGCUAUGGCUAUGGCGGGAAUAACAUCAUCAAUGGAGUGGACGGUUCAGGGAAGAAUCAGGUUGAGAAUGCAGGGGAUGGAGGAGGUUCUGUGAGGCCUAACAAGUUCGGCGGACUGCGCAGGCUGAAGCAUGUCGAGGUGACAUCGUCGGACGACGAGACAGAGCAAGAGAGCAGAAUGGACGCGAUAUCUCAUCUGCGAGCGAGGGUAAGAGCAUUGGAAGAAGAGGAUGAUUUCUUCAGAGAUGAUGACGACGACGACGAUGAUGAUGUUACAGUAGGAGGAGGACUAGAGAAUGGAAGCGAGAAGGGGAAACUUCUGUCGGAGAUAUCAGAGAAUCUGCAGAAGCUUCGUCAGGAUUUCAAUGCCUGAAAUGUGUGUUGUGUUUUCAUGCCAAACCACGAAGCCCUCUUUUCCACAGUAAAAGCUAACGAUUCCAGUCAAAUUGUCUCUCUAGCAGAGCAAGUUAGCUCCUCCAGCAAGUAAGAAACUAGCUUCUAGCGGCGGAGAAGCCUGCUGGACCUUUCGAUCAGAAAUGAGAAGAAAUCCACCAUUGCCGAGUGAGAUGGAAUCUUUUGCGAGUCCAGAUUUUCACCAGAUGGUGGUUUUAGCUUGUAGGAGAUUGAUUGAUUUGCAAAGGAAUGACUGAUACUCUGAGAAAAGAUUCCAUCUGUUAAAACUGUAAAAUAUUAGAUUACCACUUUCCCUCCAUAUAUAAAGUUUUAGUUCGAUCUGCUUUCUCAGUCAACAAAGCUUUAAUUCCAUCGGAUUUCUAGUGCUGCGUCAAGAACCAGUUGAUAUUAAUAACUCAAAUUGUUGUAAAAGGUUCAAUCGUGAAUCAUAUAACAUUUAUUAUUAUUCCGCUUCAAACUCAAGCAAUUCAAAUAGGCUUGAAGUUUAACAGAAACAGAUGGGGUCAUCGGGAAUCAAAGCUUUUACUAAAAUUGGUGGGGUGCACCAGGCCCGUGCUGUAGUGCAACGCAUGGGCGACACUCGAGAAGGCCCCUGAAGCAAGCUCCAGUAGUGAGCCUUCUCCCCCUAUAAAAAUAAAUUUAAUAUCGUGUGGGCCAUUGGCCCACAUAUCAGAUAUUAAACUGAUAAGAACAGAUACUACACUUGAUCUUAGCCAAAAGGCCGAGAAAGGUAUGAUUUGUAUAGCAGCGAUGACUUCGUCUUUAUAUCUGUCUUGCUUGCUUCCAGACGUCUUCUCACCCUAUGUGGUACAAACUACAAACUGCUUCUUUCAUUUAGUAUUGAGAAAACAGCUCAUUUUAUAAGCAAAGUAUUGAGAAAAUUCGCAGAAGUUACCUCUUUAUCAUCAUAAAUAGAAGAGCUGAUGCCUCAAUGGAUGAUCCUUCUGGUUUCCCACUGAACCCAGUUGUGUGUUGCGCAUUGCAGAUCCCUUUUUCUUCUUUUUGACAGAAUAAAUGCAAAUUCGAUCAUGUCUGUAAGCUGGCAAUAGGGAACGUCAAUUCUCAAGUGGCAAGUAAAAUAAAUCCUAAUCGGUAUGCCUCCCAUAACAAUACAUCCCUGUCUGAAUUCUGAUGCAACGAGGUUCCAAAUUUUGUCUGAUGAGACACAUCAUGAUAUAGCCAUUGAACAGCAGCUAGCCUGACCUUAAUCAUUCAAGCACGAUCAGCAGGUCACCUACUUUCCUUAAUGAUACCUGCACGCAUCUGAGACAUAUUUCACUAGUCUACGUCAAUUUACAUUAGUGUGAUCAAACAAAAACAAGGCUUUUGACCACUUAAGUUCAGAUUAAGUUCAGAUGUCAGAAUGAUCAUCUGCUGCAAAUUUCCAGAGCAUAAUCUGUCCUAGGCGAUGGAACUCCGUAUCAGAAUUAUCUCUAAGUGGGACAUACAAAAUUUCCACAUCAUCGUGUAUUCUCUUCUAUUUGCAGAUGAUGUGCUGCUCAAGAGUCAGAGGAGCUGUAAGCAUGAACUAGGCUCGAGAAUAAACACAUGACCACGAUUUAUGAGGCUAGAAUCGUUGGAAUUAGCCAUUGUUGGAGCAGUAAUCGUUCUCGCCGAUUCGAUCGAAGGCAGGAGGCCUGCAUGCAUGCAUAAGAUGAAGGGAAGAAAAAUGGCAAACUUGGUGAUUGUGGGCAUCAUCAUCAUCGCCAUGGCUGGGCUUUCUUGAAGUUUAUGGAUGUUGAUGAGCACUGCUGGUUACGUAGGUAGCUUAGCUUGCUUAUAUACACAACACACUCAGGAUUUGGAAACUCUUCGUAUAAAAUAAUUCAUUAAUAAUGCUGUUAUUCGGAU